GUUGGCGUCGCCAGAACCUGGGCACCUCCAGCAGUGUGCCACUGAGCCUACAACAUAAGAGAUGUGUGCGCGUGUGGUAAUCUUCCUGAGCCUGGCGGCCACAGCUGUCUUAACUCUGCCUCAAAACUACGGAGGCGGCAAACAGCUCCAGCCAGUACAGCAGCAGCAGCAGCAGUAUGCACCCAGGAAUUACGACUUCCAAUGGGAGGUGAACGACCAGGAAUACAGAAACUACUACGGACAACAAGAGAGUGCCAAGAACGACCGUGUUGAAGGCUCCUACCAUGUGUUGCUCCCGGAUAACCGCCUCAUGAAAGUCACUUACUAUGUCGAUGGCAAGUCCGGCUUCGUCCCCACCAUCACUUAUGAACCGAACUACAAUCCCACUUGGGGUACUGCUUACUACGGCGGCAGGUAGACGGUCCCCACUGCUUCCCAUCCCUCUUAGAAGGCGAGUUAAGUAUGACAGCCAUACUUAAUUCGCAGGUUCUCCAGUUCCUCGACGACCCUUCUGACAACAACAUUCCUCCUAGUGGCAGUAGCGCAGUCCAAGCAGCAACGACCAGACCACACCCUCCUAACACAGAUACCUUCCUAACAAUGGUCACCUUCUUCUAGAGACCACCUCUCCCUAAUGAGCGAUGAUCCUCGUGCAUAGCAUCUCUCCUGCAGUGUGUGGUCUCGGUGCCGCGCCCCCCGCGAGUGCCUGAGCGACGCGGCGGUGCGGCUCGACCACUAGCGGCUAUAACCCUUCUGCGACUAUGAUGGCUUUUUACUAGGACAAUUUUCUCAACAGUAAAUAAGGUUCCCAUAAACCUAUCUUUUCUACCGUUUACUUUACCCACAAAAUUUGCCAAUACUCUUGUCAAGAUUAGUGGACAAAAAUAUGUAUUUAUAAUGAUUAGCGCCAGAAUACAUUAAGAUGUGCAUUGACCUAAAAAUCCCAAUAAAGAUACUUGUAAAUUUA